UAUACAAAGAAAAAAUGUUGGGAAUGUUACAAGUAUUUCCUGGACAAAGAUUAGCAUAUAGACGGCUUUACCAGUAUCAUGUAAUAUAUUCAAAUAAAAAUGUGAUUAGAGACUUGCAUACUGCAGCGGGAUAUUGUGUUUCUGUGAAAGAUGAAGAUAAACAUUUAAUUCAGGAAAAGAAUUUUGAAUACAAAAAUAUGGGUCAUUUACAUGCAAAUAUUACAAGAGAAAACUUAUCAAAGCAAGUCUUCGAUGAAUUCGAAAUAAAGGAUAGUAAAUCUCACUACAGAAUUAAUAAGAAAAUUAUAUACCAAAAACGAAUAGAACGCUGGUACCCAAACCCAAAAACUUCUUUAAUGUCUAUUUAUGCAAUAGUAGGUCAUGAUUUAAAAGACGAACAAGUUUUAACCUCAAAUAUUAAGAACAUUACUGUAAAUCGAUCUAAUUUAUGGGAAGUUACUAUUAAUAUCAAAUGGCCAGAAGUUAUGUCUUUUAAAGAAAUUGGUAAAACCAAAACACUCACUUUCAAAAAUGCAGCUUGGAAGUGUUUGCAGUAUCUAGAAAUAAAUAACAAAUUAAAAAACGGCAAGCCACUUAUCUAUAAUGAAGAGGAAAUAAGAGACAUGCAAUUUAAGCUUGUUGAAUUAAAUGUUGCUUCUGAAAUUUUAAACAAUAUGACAGAAUUAAUUAAGACUUAUAACACGAAAAUACAAAGUAUGACAUCGAAAGAUACUUUAAAUUCAUCGUAUCAGCCGUUAAUUCAUCAUCCGAUACUUGAAGACAAUGCUUCCUCAGAUGUUCUCCUUCGAAAUAAAAUUUUAAAGGAUAGAUUUUUCGAAAGAUGUAACGAUGACGUUGCCACUUUACCAAUUCAUGAGUUUAAGGAUGAAAUUCUCUCUCAGCUGGAAAACCAUCGAAUUCUAUUGAUAGAAGGUGAUACAGGUUGUGGCAAAACUACACAAGUACCUCAAUUUAUAUUAGAUACUUUCGCGAAAAAUGGUAAUGCUACAGAUUGCAAUAUAUUAGUAUCACAGCCUCGUAGAAUUUCGGCGAUCUCUUUGGCAGAUCGUAUUGCGUACGAAAGAAAAGAGCACGUGGGAGAUGUUAUAGGUUUUCACGUGAGACUAGAACAAGCAUUGCCGAAGGAACCCGGUGCGAUAGUUUUUUGCACCACUGGUAUGCUACUGAGAAAAUUGCAGACCAAUCCUAGUUUAGAAGGGUGUUCACAUGUUAUUUUGGACGAGGCGCACGAACGCCAGAUCGAUACCGACAUGCUAAUGACUCUACUCAAGAGAGUCUUACAGAAAAAUCCUAAUUUAAAAGUACUAAUAAUGUCGGCGACUAUAAAUACGCAUAUAUUUCAACAGUAUUUCGAUUGUCCCGCUGUACGAAUACCUGGUAAACUGUUUGCCGUAAAAAUGCAUUUCUUGGAGGAUAUCGAGCAUUUACCAAAUAUCCAGAGAUACAAAACAUAUGUACCCAAAGGUCGCUAUGAAAAUGAUGAAGUCGAAAAACUUUCAGUUGAUAUUGAAAAAAUAGUACAAGUCAUAAAAUGGAUCUCGUCGCAUAAGCCGCCCGGUGCUAUUUUGUGCUUCUUACCAGGUUGGAAUGAAAUCGUGAAGGUGCAAAGCAUGCUCGAAGAUACAUCGUCCUAUAAUGAAAAACAUUUGAUUUUGCCGAUGCAUUCCAAAAUAUCACACAAUGAGCAGCGAAAAAUUUUUCAACAUAUACCGGAGAAUGUACGGAAAAUUAUCUUGGCCACGGAUAUUGCUGAAACAGGCAUUACGAUUAGUGAUGUAGUUUACGUUGUAGAUUCUGCCUUACGAAAAGAAUCUCAUUGGGAUAAUAACAAAGAUUUACUUAGUAUAAGGAAUUGUUGGGUUUCUCGAGCAAAUGUUCUGCAAAGGAAAGGGAGAGCUGGACGAGUUAAACCUGGUGAAAGUUUUCAUUUAAUUUCAAAGAAAGAAUAUGAAAAAUUACAGGCGCAUCCAUUACCGGAGUUAUUAUGCAAUCCAUUGGAAAAAGUAAUACUUAACAGUAAAACAUACACGGACGAAAAGGCGGAGGAAUUUUUUAGUGGAUUUCUGGAACCGCCUACUUCAACUGCAAUACAAAAGGCAGUAAGAACCUUAAUAAAUCUCGGAGUUAUGGAUGAUGAAGAGAAUCUUACGGCUCUAGGCAAACGAAUGGCACUAUUCCCAACGCAUCCUAAAUUUAGUAAAGCCAUGGUAUAUUCUUCUAUCUUCAACUGUAUAUAUCCUGUGAUAACGAUAGCAAGUCUUUUUUCUGGUGAAGAUAAUCUUUUUUACGAUAUACUGGAUCACAAGCUUCAAAUUAGGCAAAAUAAAAGAAUGUACCAUCCAUCUAGCGAUCAUAUUGCAAUAGCAUGGAUAUUUAAACAAUGGGUCAAUUUUAAUGAAACAGCUCCACAUUUAAUAAGAAAAUUUUGUAAAGACAUGAUGAUACGGCCAAUCAGAAUACAAAUAUUGAAUCAAAUACGAAAUACAUUUAUCCAACAGUUGAUCCAGUGUCGCAUGUUGAGCAAAACUCUAUUGCAUGAUCACGAUUGCAAUAAAUCUGAUAUAGCAAACAAAUUUGAAAAUAAUGACGAAUUAGUGCGAGCUAUAUUAUAUUCUGCUACGCAACAAUUGAUAGAACAUAAAGAUUCGGGAUAUAAGAAUGGAAUUCUGAGAAAAGGCGUUAAUGAACUUCGAACACAAUGUCAUGUUAAAGUAGUAAUUUCGGGGGAAAGUGUUAAUUAUAAGCGGAAAGUUUGGCCGAGUUCUUUCUUAACAUAUUUUAAUGCUGCACACUGUGAUGUAAGACGUAGCACGGUGAUUCGUGAAACAAGUAUAAUAUCACCUUUGACAGUAUUACUUUUUAACCAAAAAAAGGUUCAGUGUCAUGAGUUAGAUGAUAACAAGGUAAAACUUGUAAUUAAUGUCAAUGCGCAUCAAACUGUAAGAUUUGUUUGUGAUAAAGAAACUGCUAAUGUGCUCUUAGAAUUUAGAAAUAUUGUAUGGUCUCUAGUACAAUACUUUUUAGAGACACAAGGAUUCGAUCAUAGAAAUAAUCUUAAUUCGAAACAAAUAUUAGAGUACAAAGAGGAAGUGUUUGAAACUCUUGCGGAGACUCUGAAAAAGGUGUCUGAAUCCAUAGAAAAUAGAUAUACAGAAGAAAUCUCUUAA